UGGCUCCCUCACUUCACUCAACUCCACACUCACUCUCCACCAAAAUGAAAUCCAAUCUUCUUCUCUUCCAUUUUCUGGUGGCACUUCUCUGUGCUAAGGCCGAACACGGUGGUGCUGGGAGCAGCAUCAUCUUCACUACCCUCGGCCGAUUAGACUACGCCUUUGAUAUUUUCAGCCUCCCGAUUAACGAGGAGCACCACCCACCGACCUUGUUCGACGAAAUUCAGAUCACUGAUGGAGAAUCCGUUAAUUUCAACGGUCACUUUCCUUCUCCUUCCUCGACUGCCUCGCUUCUAUCUCUCUUACCCAACCAAACUCUGGUACAGACCAUUUUUGGGGUCGACCCACCUCCUUUGCAGGUCGUUUAUGUCACGGAGCGAGAUGGGGUGUCGAAUCUUUACUACGAUGUUGUAAUUUCUGAUGAUCCUAAUUCUGAAAACGCCAGAAGAAGAAGGUCGGCCCUCGAAGUUUUCGAUCGUGUUCAAGUUCCUAUCUUGGGUAAAAAGCUGGUUAGUGACAAGAUUUCUAUGAAAGAUAAGCCUAAUUUGAUAGGUAAUCAUGUGAUUUAUGUAUCAACUCAUGAGAACACAGGUGAGCCCAGAACGAGUUGGGCUGCAGUGUACUCAACUGAAUUGAAAUCAGGCGUGACUCGGAGGUUAACCCCCUAUGGUGUUGCUGAUUUUAGCCCCGCCGUGUCACCUUCCGGGAUUAGGACGGCGGUGGCUUCGUACGGAGCAAAGGGAUGGGAUGGUGAAGUUGAGGAGCUUAGUACGGAUAUUUAUAUUUUCUUGACUCGGGAUGGAACUCAACGAGUCAAGAUUGUUGAACACGGUGGAUGGCCAAGUUGGGUAGAUGAAUCGACUUUAUACUUUCACCGAAGAGGUGAAGAUCAGUGGUGGAGUAUUUACAGAGCUAUUUUACCAAGCAACGGUAAGAUUUCUGUUGACUCGGUGGUGAUUGAGCGAGUCACCCCACCUGGUCUCCACGCGUUCACACCAGCUACUUCACCGGGGAACAAGAACUUCAUAGCCGUUGCUACAAGAAGACCCACUUCGAGUUUUCGCCAUAUAGAGCUAUAUGACCUGAAGAAGAACGAGUUCAAAGAGCUAACUCGGUUGGUCUCGCCGCAGUCUCACCAUCUAAACCCGUUCAUCUCGCCCGAUUCGACCCGGGUCGGGUACCACAAGUGCAGGGGAGACGGAAACGGAAGAAAAAACUCCAAACUAUUCCUCGAAAACGUUCACAGCCCCGUCUCCGACAUCUCUCUCUUCAGAAUCGACGGCUCCUUCCCUUCAGUCUCACCGAAAAAUGACGUAAUCGCUUUCGUUGAAUUCCCAGGCGUAUACGCCGUGAACCUAGACGGUUCAAACCGGAGAAAAGUCUAUAACGGAAAUGCUUUCUCGACCGUCUGGGACCCAGUUCGUAACGGAGUCAUAUACACCGGUGCCGGACCAGAAUUUGCCCCGGUAAGUGCAGAGGUCGAUAUAAUAUCCAUAAACAUCGAGAACCCAGAUCAUGUAAUCGUAAAGAAACUGACAACAAACGGUUUAAACAACGCUUUCCCUUCACCGUCGCCUGACGGGAAACGUAUUGUAUUCCGGUCAGGUAAAACUGGUUACAAGAACCUAUACAUAAUGGACGCUGAGGAUGGAGAGAAGGGUGGGCUCCAAAGGUUAACGGAGGGUCCAUGGAGUGACACCAUGUGCAGUUGGUCUCCAGAUGGGGAGUUGAUCGCGUUCGCUUCGGAUCGGCAUAAUCCCGGUGGCGGUAGCUUCGAGCUGUAUUUGAUCCACCCGAAUGGAACCGGGUUGAGAAAGUUGAUUAAAAGCGGGUCGGGUGGUCGGGUUAACCACCCGGAGUUCAGCCCUGAUGGGAAGAGCAUAGUUUUUACAACAGACUACGCGGGUAUAUCAGCUGAGCCAAUCUCGAACACACAUCACUACCAACCCUACGGUGAGAUAUUCACUGUUAAAUUGGACGGUUCUGAUUUAAGGAGAUUGACUCAUAAUUCUUAUGAAGAUGGAACUCCUUUUUGGGUCCAUAAAUCCCUAAGGCCUGUUAAUGUGGAGUGGCCCAUAGAUAGGCCUCGUUGCCAAUUUGAGGAUUUGCAUUGGCUCAAUGACAUGCCUGGGCCUAGUUUUGGUGUUGGGCUUAUGGAUAAGGCUGAGUGUGGUAUGAAAUUCUAGUGUUUUGUGUUUCUUGUUAUAUUAUGGAAAAUGAGGUACUUUUGUAAACAUUGGAAUAUUGGUAUGUAGAUGGUGUUUACUUAAUGUGCUGGAAUUUGCAUUGGCUGCUUGUUCCAUGUAAAAUACAAUAGUAAAAUCUUGAUGUAGUAGUCGUAAUUAAUAAACUUCAUAUUGUAAUAAAAUAAUUUUGGGAUAAGUUACUUUUAUA